GCGUCCUUCACUGCCUCGCCUUCUUCAGUGAGAUUCGCUGUCUGCGUUUUUUCAACUCCGACGAUCAAACAUGCAUCAGGGCGGAGGAUCUGAAACGGAGGUGACAUGGGAGGACCAGCAAAACAUCAACAAAUUCGGAAGAUUGAACAACCGAUUUCACGAGCUUGAGGACGAGAUCAAAGUCGCCAAGGAAACAAAUGAGAAUCUAGAGGAUGCUAGCAAUGAGUUGAUUCUUACAGAUGAGGAUGUGGUUAGAUUUCAAAUAGGGGAAGUAUUUGCCCACGUGCCAAAAGAAGAGGUGGAGACCAGAAUAGAAGAGAUGAAAGAGGUGACUAGCAAAAAUUUGGGGAAGCUUGAAGAAGAGAAGGAAUCUGUACUAGCCCAGAUGGCCGAGUUGAAGAAAAUUUUGUAUGGGAAGUUCAAGGAUUCCAUCAAUCUAGAGGAGGAUUAGAAUUUUCUUCUUGGCACCUUGAUGUUUUGUUCUUAGCAAGUGCUUGUUAAAUUUGAUGAAAAAUGAGUUCUACAACUUGCUAAAACUUGUAUUUGUGCCAGCGUCUUAUUGAAUAUCGACAGUUGAAUUAGCAAAUUAUUUCUGCUCAAUUGCGUUAACACAUGUUUUAUUUGGGAAGAGAGCAUUUAGCUGAACCAAUUAAUUAAGGGAAUGUUUAUUUUAGCA